AUGUCAGCCGAAACAUGGGAGAUAGCCUUGUAUGUGGUCCUAGCCAUAUUGGCUCAUGUUGUAGUCUAUCUGUUUGUAACAAGGAAACGGGCCAAGAGUAUUGUGGGAAAGCAUGUGGUGGUUACGGGAGGCAGUAAAGGAAUCGGUUUACGUUUGGCUGUGGAGUGCGCACUUCGUGGUGCUAAUGUUACCGUUUUGGCACGAGAUGAGAAAAUGUUGAGUGGUGCUGUUGCCCUCAUGGAGGUGAUAAGACAAAGUCCCGAACAAAAAUUCCAAUAUCGUUGCCUCGACUUGUCGACAAGUUAUGAAAAUGUUGCAACAUGUUUGUCGGAAAUUGAAAAAGAAUUCGGUGAUAUAUACAUGCUGGUCAAUUGUGCUGGCUUGGCCAUUUGUGGUGUGUUCGAAGAGGUUUCCGUCGAAGAUGCCAGAAAGCUGAUGGAUGUUAAUUAUUGGGGUUCUUAUAAUUGCACGCGUUAUGUUUUGCCCAAAAUGAAACAGGCUAAGGAGGGCGUUAUUGUAAUAACUGCCUCACAGGCGGCUCUAUUUGGCAUCUAUGGCUAUGGACCAUAUGCGGCAUCUAAAUAUGCAUUGCGGGGCAUGGCUGAAACGAUUGCCAUGGAAAGUCGCCACUUGGGUGUGAGUGUGACAUUGGCAUUGCCCGCCGAUACCAAUACACCUGGCUUUGAAAAUGAAAAUAAAACAAAGCCUCAGGAAACGAAAUUAAUUUCUGGUGGUGGUGGUUUAGCUGAACCCGAUGCGGUGGCAAAACAAAUUGUAAAUGAUGCUUUGAAAGGUAAUUUCAUUUCCAUCCUUGGUGCUGAAUCAUGGAUUUUGACAGUAUUAGGCGGCGGCCUCUUCCGUUGGGACGGUGUUUUCCAAAAUCUAUUCCAUGCAUUGCUGGUGGGACCACUACGUUUUAUUGAUUACAUUCUACACUUGCACUUCGAAAGGAUAAUCAGGAAUUGUGCCAAGAAGAAAACUGACUGA